AUGCCAACCUAUUUUCAAUUUCUUACAUUGAUGGCUUUUCAUGUUUUCAUGAAAGAAGAGGUAGACGUGGCUAUUAUGGAAGUAGGAAUUGGUGGUGAACAUGAUUCGACAAACAUUAUAGAGAAACCUACAGUCUGCGGUGUUACAUCUCUGGGGCUUGACCAUCAAGCCGUCUUGGGAGAUACCGUUGACAAGAUAGCCUGGCAUAAGGGAGGAAUCUUUAAGUAUUCUCGCCUUAAGAGAAACACACCAGCUGUCACUGUCAAUCAACCCGAGAGUUCUUUGAGAGUCUUGAAGGAUCGUGCCGAAGCAGUCAAUGCACCCUUUAUUAAGAUUGAGACAUCUACACAAGAAUUGUAUAGUGGGAUCAACAUUGGACUAGCAGGAAGACAUCAAUUCAUAAAUGCAUCUUUAGCGGUUGAACUAUGUCGCAUAUGGCUUGAGAAAAAUAGGAAUAUCAAGCACCAAGUUCAAAAAAUACCCCGUGAAUUUCUUGCCGGACUUUCUAAGCCCAUACAUUGGAAAGCAUGUAUGGAGUGGUUCGGUGAAACUGCGACGAAAGACGAUAGUGAAAGGAUAUUGGUAUUUAAUUGUACCAACAAUAGGAACGGUCCAGAGAUCUUGAAAAGAGUUGUGUCAGGAAACUUCAGUCACGCAAUAUUUUGUACCAAUGUAACGUUUUCCACGUAUCGAUUCAAACCUGAUUUACAAAACAACACAAUUAAAUUAGAUGAAAGUUUAACGUGGCAGAAGACGCUUGCCGAGUCUUGGUCUUCCUUAAGUUCUCGAGAAGAAAACAUUGAGCCCUCCGUCGGAUCAAGUGAAACACAUGUGUUUGCUACAAUUCAAGAAUCAAUUGAUUGGAUAACGGACCACGUCAAACAAAGUAAACAUGGGGUAAAAGUUUUAGUUACCGGAAGCUUACAUCUAAUAGGUGGUGUUAUGAGUGUAUUUGACUAUGACAUCUUCGAGUACUUUUUGAAUAAUCACAACAUUAUCACCAUCAUCUUGAAGAAAAAUUAUCUAUACACAUGGAUCUCCAACUCAAGGCAGAAGCAAGAUCUCAAGUGGCAGCAAAAGAUUCUCUGUGAGAG